AUGCCGGCAGAGGCAAGCUCGGCUCCUGCGAGUGAUGGCGCCCAGGGAGGUCGGGGACGCCCGAGGCAGCGGAGGAGAGGGCAGCGCGGCGGUCGAGGCGGACAGGGGCAGGGCCGUGGCGGCGCUGCUGAGCAGGGCGGACAGUCGGCGACUACUGCUCCUGUCGAGAGAACCAACGACUCUCCGACACCUGCAAACGAUCCAGGCGAUGCCGUUGCAUCGUCAUCGUCGCGAGGGCGGGGGAGGGCUAGGGGAAGGGGACGAGGUGGCGGCGGUGGAGGCUUGAGGGCUGGCAGGGGCGGUGCUGCCGUUCGCGGUGGAGGCUUCGUUGCGGGAACGCAGAGGACCUUUGGCGGCCACCUGACGUCAGAAAUGGCGGAUGGUGGAGGUCAGGUCAACGGGGACGCUGGGCUGAGUGCGGCGGCUGCUGAGUUUGUGCCCGGCCAGGCUAUCGCUCCGAAGAGCAGACAACCGCCCAGGCAGAAAGCACCUCAAUAUCCGCUGGCUCCAAAAUCAACGGCUGAGGAUCUGCCCACUCGUAUUCACCAGGACAUCAGCAAUGGCCAAUAUGAGUGUGUCAUUUGCGCCAGCGAAGUCCUACGGUCCUCGAAGGUUUGGUCCUGUAACCUGUGCUGGACUGUCGUCCAUCUUCCCUGCGUCAAGAAAUGGCAUAAGAGCCAGAUCGAGAAGCCGAACCCCCAGGAACAAGAGCAGCCCGACCAGCCCAGGACAUGGCGAUGCCCUGGCUGCAACUCAAAGUUGACGGAACACCCCAGCUCAUACCACUGCUGGUGUGGCAAAGACAUUAACCCCCAGAAUGUUGGCAGUCUGCCGCCUCACUCGUGCGGCCAAACCUGCACGAAGCCGCGAGCGACAUGUCCUCAUCUCUGCUUUUCAGACUGUCACGCCGGGCCGUGUCGUCCGUGCGAUUUGAUGGGACCGACACAGCCCUGUUUCUGCGGCAAGCAGGAGAGCACCAAGCGUUGCAGCGACACCGACUAUGAUAAUGGCUGGAGCUGCAAGGAGAUUUGCGGCGACCUGCUGCCAUGCGGAGAGCACUUUUGUGAACAAGAGUGCCACUCUGGCCUAUGUGGCAGCUGUACCGUGCCGAUGAUAUCACGUUGCUAUUGUGGUAAGGUCGAGAAGGAGAUUCCUUGCGAUCGUCGGGACGAGGUGCGGACUUCUUUCAAUUAUGGCCAAAUUGACGCUGCGGAAACGGAUGCUGUGAAAUCUCAAGAGCCGUUCGAUGGCUGUUUCGACUGCGGGGCUUCUUGUGGACGGAAGUACGACUGUGGUCAUCACGAAUGCCAGAAAACCUGCCACCCCCAGGAUGAGGUCGAGGCUCAUUGUCCACUUUCUCCCGAUGUUGUCGAGAACUGCCCUUGCGGCAAAACGCCGCUGGAACAACUGCUCGAACAACCACGGCAGUCAUGCCAGGAUCCUGUUCCUCACUGUCAGGAGACAUGCGGCAAAAUCCUAGCGUGCGGACACGAGUGCGACAGGACGUGCCACGUUGGCCCUUGCCCACCUUGUUACCAGAGGAUGGACAUUUCCUGCAGAUGCGGCCGCACAUCCAGCCGGACGCUCUGCCACGGCGACGAUAUGGCUCUUCCCGUGUGCAUGAGAGUGUGCCAAGCGCAGUUGAACUGCGGCCGUCACCAGUGCGGCGACCGCUGCUGUCCUGGCGAGAAGAAGGCGGUUGAGAGGCAGGCAGCAAAGCGGAAGAAUAAGCUGCAGAGCCCGGAUGAGAUUGAGGCCGAGCAUAUCUGCAUCCGCGUUUGUGGGAGGACCCUCAAGUGCGGUGCUCAUCAGUGCCAGCAGAUAUGUCACCGAGGGCCGUGCGGGAGUUGUCUCGAGGCCGUCUUUGACGAAAUCAGCUGCACUUGUGGCCGCACGGUGUUGCAGCCGCCUCAACCAUGUGGAACUAGACCUCCAGAGUGUCGUUUCGACUGCACGAGGCGGCCGGUCUGUGGACAUCCGCCGGUGUCGCACAACUGUCAUCCCGAUGACAUCGCGUGCCCAAAGUGCCCAUUCUUGGUUGAAAAGCCAUGCGUCUGUGGUAAGCAGAGACUCAAGAACCAACCAUGCUGGUUCGAAGAGGUCCGCUGUGGACUUCCCUGCAAUGAGAAGCUUAAAUGCGGCCUUGUGGCAAAUCGAGAAAGUCGUGCGGGCACGCAGACCAAGAUAACUGCCAUGCCCCAUACCGAUAAGGCGUGUCAGGCUAAGGAGUUUAUCACUUGUGCUUGCCAACACCGCAAGAAGGAAAUCAAAUGUCUCGCCACCCGCAUCAACCCGGAGCCUGAACGCGAGACCCUCAAGUGCGACGACGAGUGCCUUCGUCUCCAGCGCAACCAGAAACUUGCAGCCGCCCUUAGCAUCGAUCCUGCAACGCACACCGACGACCAUGUUCCCUACUCCGAUACCACGCUGAAGCUAUUCCGCGAAAGCGUGCGUUGGUGUCAGACCCAAGAGCGCGAGUUCCGCGUCUUCGCUUCGGAUGCCGAUGAAAAGCGCAUACGCUUCAAGCCCAUGCCGCCUUCGCAGCGAGCCUUCCUCCACGCCCUUGCCGAGGACUUUGGCCUGGACACGGAGAGCCAGGACCCCGAGCCGCACCGUCACGUCAGCGUCUUCAAGACGCCGCGUUUCGUGUCGGCGCCCUCCAAGACCCUCGCUCAGUGCGUCAAGAUCAAGAAUGUGCAAGCUGCGGCGGCCAAGGCCGGAGCAUCCGCGUCCGAGGCGCCCAAGCAGGCGCCGUUCAACGCGCUGCUGCUCUCGACCCCGCGGUUCGCGCUGACCAUUGAAGAGCUGGAUGCUGCUCUUGCAGGAGAUUUUGCGGCGCAUAACAAUCUGUCUUUUACGACGAGCUUUCUGCCGUCAGAUGAGGUCCUCGUCCGCGCGACGCCCGUCUCGAGCUGGGGCUCCAGCACUGCGAACGUCGAGACCUCGCUCGCGAACCUCAAACCCGCAAUCGCACGCACAGUUGCUAAGGCCGGCCUCGCCGGUGCCGUGACGCUCGUGCAUGCAGACCAGGACCAGAAUGUCUUGCGGAGAGAGGUCACGGGGGAGACGAAGGAUGCUGGCGGCUGGAGCUCCGUCGUGGGGCGGAGGCCGCAGGCUGCGGCGCCGGCGCCUGUCGAGAAGAAGCCUGCCAGUGGGUUCGUGAGCUUCUCGAGGCUGCCGAGGAAGAAGAUUGUGCAAGAGACGGAGGAAGACUGGGAGGCUGCUGCGGAGAAAAUGGAUGAUUAG